AACUACAACAAGUGAGCGGAAGCUAUAGUAAUAAAUCAACAAUUCAAGUCGCAUCCAAGACUACAACUUUUGCUUCUCAUACGAUCACGAAACAGAAACCCAUUAUGCCAACAAAAUCUGAUAAUCAUUUGGAUUUGGACAAAAUAGAAACUAAACAAAUAAUACAGAAAAUCACCGAAGCUUUUUUCCACUUG